AUGUUCCAGCCACAGCUGCCGACGGAUGAGGCGAGGGCGGGUCUCAGGAAGGCCAUGGAAGAUCCGAGCUGGGCCGUUGGCGACUUUUCUGGUCCCAAUGAGUAUGACUGGGGAUUUGGUGGCAUUCUUGUCGCGGGAGAUAAUCAUCUUAUACGCAACCGAGGAUGCUUGAUCUGGUCUGGCGCGGCUAAUAUAUUCUGGGUAGGUUCACUUCUCCUCGAAGGCAGUUUAUUAUUGAUCGCACAGCUGGACUGUGUGGUCUUUGGGGGACGCGGGUUAUGCUCCUGCAAAGUGAUGAAUGAUGGAUAG